AAAUGCACCUCCUCAUCCUGUCCCUCCCCAGUCUCCCCCUCCCCAUCAAGCUUCCGCUUCUUAGGUUUCACAUCAUCCGUCUCCUGCUCCAUGUUUGUCUCCUCCGUAGACUCCUUAGCGUACUUCAGCUUCAGCCCCAGCUUCUUCCAGGCCGGCACAGGCGCCGCCCGCGAAGAGUCUUCGCCCGCCAUGUGAGAAGCAGAGAUCGUUUCGUCCGUUUUCGUCGCGGGAAUAGAAUCCGUUCAGGUGGGAUUCGCGCGGUCUCUAAACGAUUGUAGACUGUUCAAGAGACCGUGUAGGGCGAGUAUUUCAAUUGUUGGGUAAUCGGGUAGUUUGUGUUUGUUUUGAGGUGGGAUUGUAU